AGCCCUGCGACCACACAGUGACGUUAUACCACGUUUAUACCGAGUCUGACACACACACAUACAAGUGGCUGACCUCUGUCCUUUUGUCGCCUCACACACAGCACAACAACAAUGUAACUGAUGCAAAGACCGGACCUGAAGCCAGAGCCACGGCCAGGGCCUGCUGGUUGGCAGAAGACAGUAUUUGCACUCCGAGCGGCAGGCGAGGACAGACGCUUCUCACCGCAGCGCAGACUGCGGCCAUACAGGUGGACACCUCAGGGCCUACGGAGAAGGAGUACGGGAUGUCGUGCAUGUUCUCGACGAUCACGCCGUCCUGAGAGAUAUGGGAAGGGUUACCGGCUUGCCCCGGGAGACUUCCAUAUGUAUCGACCGCAUAGCAAGAAGGUGCUCCGCGCAGGACACGGAGGCGAAACUGAGCAGAACUGGGUUGAAAUCGGUCCUCGGAGAGGCAGCGGACCCGGAGGUUUAGCACCAAGUUAAAUCCACUCCUCUCUGACGUUGACGCUCCAAGUCAUCUGUUCCCUACUAGGCGCCAGCUCAGAGGAACUAGCCCGGCCUGGAUGCACACACUCGGACCGAGAGCACCUCCGAGUGUGAACAACAAGUCUGCGAAGUUGCACACUCUUCAUAUUUAUCUCCCAGACGUGGAUGAGAGUGACCUUCCAGGGCAGAAUCUCGAGGUUUACUCUGAAACGGACAUCCACCCCAACUAUCUAUCUAUCUAUCUAUCUAUCUAUAUAUCUCUAUAUCUAGAUAAUGAUAUAGAUAUAUAUCUAUAUAGAUAUAGAUAUAUAGAUAGAUAUAUAUUUAAAAAAAUAUGCAAGGACAACGGGAAGAGACAGAACCACAGUCUGUUGCUCCCGAGGUGCCCAGAGAAAAUACAGUACGACCGAGAAAGAGGAAGGCAGAUGUUGCCAUUCAUUUACAGGAUCUGGAUGAAGAGGUAGCAGAGAUGACAAAGAAAAAGCAGCGUGAAUGCGAGGAUGCAAUGUUCUGUGUGUCAUCCCUCUGCUCUUCCCUGUCUCGCUCGCUCUCUCCUGUGAAGCUGGGCUGGAGUCCUGAUGCCGGUUACACAAGUCCCCAGAGGUGUAUCCCCACACCUGACCAGGAAGAGGACCAACCAGUUUCCCUGAUAAACGUGGGUUUCCCCCACUACAACUUUAACAACGUGUUUGUGACACCCGUACGCUGCGCGCCACUUCCCGCGCUGUGCUGGGCCAGUAAGGAUGUGGUAUGGAACAACAUGUUGGAGAAGGACAGGAUCUACACCAGGGACGUCCACGUGCUGGAGAAACAUCCACAUCUGCAGCCAAAGAUGCGGGCAGUUCUCCUGGACUGGCUCAUGGAGGUGAGCGAGGUGUACAAGAUGCACAGGGAGUCGUACCACCUUGCCCAGGACUACUUUGACCGCUUCAUGGCCACGCAGAGGAACGUCUUCAAGUCAACGCUGCAGCUCAUCGGCAUCACCUGUCUCUUCAUCGCUGCCAAAGUCGAGGAGAUGUAUCCUCCUAAAGUCCAACAGUUUGCCUAUGUUACAGACGAAGUCUGCACUGAAGAUGAGAUUCUCAGUAUGGAAAUCAUCAUUAUGAAGGAGCUGAAGUGGAGUCUUUGCCCACAAACUCCCAUCUCCUGGCUCAAUGUUUACAUGCAGGUGGCCUACCUGAAGGAGUCGGACGAGCUGCUCAUCCCCAGAUAUCCCCAGAGUACCUUCACACAAAUCGCAGAGUUGUUGGACCUGUGUAUACUAGAUGUGCGAUGCCUGGAGUUUUCCAAUGGCAUCCUUGCUGCUUCAGCCCUGUUUCACUUCUCAUCUCUGGAGCUGGUGGAAAAUGUCUCGGCUCUGAAGAGGGUGGAGGUCGAGGAAUGCGUUAGGUGGAUGGUGCCGUUCGCCAUGGCGCUGCGGGAAGUUGGUGGGUCGUCGAUGAAAACCUUCGCAGGAAUCCCUGUAGAUGACGUGCACAACAUCCAGACCCAUGCCUCCUACAUCACGUGGCUGGACAAGGCUUACUCUUACCAGGAUGUGGAGCUGGAGCGUCACGUCGGCUGCCCCGUACCUUCAGGUGUCCUGACUCCACCGAAGAGCAGCGAGAAAACCGAGGAGUCUGUGCGAGUGGAUGCUGCGCUGCUGAAAAUCCGGCCCAGGAUUCCAACUCCAUACCCGCAACUCGGCACCUUCCGAAGGAGUGCAGCCAACUUUGAAACUGACAAGACGACAGCAAAUCCUAAUUAAGAGUUUUAGCUGUAAGCGGAAGGAAAGUCUCACCUGUUUACUCUGACAAACUGCGCUAUUGCAGUACCUGUGCACACCUGUGUGAUUUUUAAAAAAGAAAAUUUUUAAUUUCCCAGUGGGAAUCAUUGAUGGAAAUCUUUGGGGUUUUUUUGUUUGUUUUUUCAAAGCCAUGCUGAUUACUCGGAUCCAGACACUUUUAAAUAUCUGGCGUGGGCGCACACAGGGACUUUGACUAAAUUUAAAGAACACUGACGUACAGUGAGCAAAUGGUUUGGAUGACCCUGUCCUCGCAGGAAUCUUACUUAUUUAACCCUCCAGUGAAGAUGAAACCACAAAGAAGGGCAGUUGGGACAACACGGCCCAAAAAGGAUAUUUAUAUUUAUUUUUAAUAGCAUAGCACCUAAAUGCUUGCCUUCAUUAUCAAUAACGCCUAGAUUUUGUGGUUGCCAUUUUUAUUUUCUAUACAGAGGCCAAAUUGAAUCGACAGUUUGUGGAGUCUUGAUUUAGUGUGUGUGUGUGUGUGUUUGGGGGAAAGGGUGAUUGCUGUUUUUAAUCUAUUAGUGGCCUCAUUUGCCCAAAAACUAUUCCUAGGGUCAUAUUUGGCUCUUUGUGCUGCUAUAAAAGUGGGCGUUGCAUGAUGGAUGGGUAAGAGAGAGAGCGUGUGUGUGUGUGUGUGACAGAGAAAUUGUGUGUUGCUCUUGUUCUUGGUUCUACUCUUGUCAUUUUUAUUGGACAAAACAUGGCCAUGUUUUGCUGAGGGACCAGUAGCGUGGCUACCUAAAAGGCUUCAGAAUAUUGAUUGUAUUUAACUUUUUAUUUUCUUUCCCCACCACCAACAUGCAAGAUUUGUAUUUGACUUUAUAAAUAAAAUGCUGCUACAUA